AGGAGGUUCCUCGGGGUUUGGGACAGGAUCACUGCGCUGAAAUCUGGGUUUCCCCUCCUGACUAGAAGCCGUAUGGGAUCCAGUUUAUUGCGAGAGCCGCCCGCCGUUUGCCGAUGCUGCCCGGCGGAGAGACUCCGGGAGUCGGAUAUGCUUUUCAACAAGUCGCUUAAAAUUUACAUUUUCCGACUGCUCUCUUUUCUGGAUAUAUGUGUAGGGGGUGUUUUGUGAGAUCUGCUUACGCCAAUAAAACGGUACCCCUGCAAACUGGAGUUUUGUUUCAGGCUGAAAGAUGCGGGGGUCCGGCAUCUGUUUUGGUUUUACCAUAUGGUUUCUGCACUGUACCGUUAGAGAAUCUGGGCUGACGCUACAGACCAGGUUUGUGCUCAAACUGGGAGAAUUUUAUUAUGAGUACGUGCGGGACCAGCUUCCCUGGCAUGACUCCCGCCUUGCGUGUCAGAACAGAUCCGGAUCCCUGGCAGUCAUAAUCCAGGCGUUUGGGAAAGACAUUGAUAUUUUAUGGCAGUUAUUGAAUGUAACGCAGCCAGUCUGGAUUGAAAAUAAACUUUCUCAAGGUGACUUUGAGUCCUUAAUUUUGGAGUUCUCAGCCAGUAGUAAUCACACACAUGCCAGCAUCCGUCACCCCUUCCCACCCCUGGGCAUCAUGACGCUGUGCGCGCGACUGCAGCUCGAUCGAAGCUUUUACAGGAACUUCAGCCUGUUCUCCUACUCCAUACCAUCAUCCUCUGACGGGUUUCGGGUUGAGGCUUCUGUGACCCCCGGGGACCUUAUCAGUCUGGUGGUGAUAGUGCACGGAAGACCCAAAUCCUAUUCACCGGCUUUUGAGAACGAUGGUCGCUGGCACACGGUAUGCGUGAGGUGGAGGCGGAAUGGAAGCGAAUGGUCCAUCACUGCCGAUGGCAACGUUAAGGGGGAGGGCGGCGACCGCUCUAACGGCAGCAGCAUCGAUGGCGGUGGCCUGUUCCUUAUCGGUCAGCCCCAUGGCGCCCUUAACAACUUAUCGAAGGAGGGCUUUUCUUGGAACAUUACACAGCUUAACAUUUGGGAGAGGGAGUUAAACAUCAGUGAGAUCCACUCCUUGGAAAAAGGCUGUUCAACCAUUUCCUCUGGACUGGUUUAUAAGUGGAACUUCUCCGCCCUUGAGACGGAUGGGUCCCUGAAGACGCACUGGGGAGACUCAUGUGAAGGUAACAGAAAUGCCAUGCCUGGGCUUAUUAAUGUGACAAACCGCAGGGAAUGCAUGACCUUUAACCCUUUAACUGGGACCCUGAGCAGUGAUCACUGUGAGAAGCAAAAAGGGGCAAUUUGUCAGUAUGAAAAAGAUGUAUUUGAGCGUCUUUAUAAACUGAUUGUCUUUCCCACGACUUCAGUUUCCUCCAGUGUGAGUAAAGACCCCCUAUCUCAGCCUGUGGUGGAGCCAUACCGGUUGAACUUAACUGAGUCAGAGAUCGUUGAGCUGAACGCCUUCCUGAAAGAGCUGCUGAAGGUUCUGGCAACAGACCCAGGCAUCCUUACACCCAUCAACAUGCUCUACCUGAUGCAAAUUGUCGAUUUUGUGUCAAUGCACGUCUCUGCGAGACUCAUGCCCUCUGAACUGAUCACGCCUUUGGCCACCAAAAUGUUGGAGCUGGCCAGUGAAGCCAUCGAUGCUGAACUGGCUGACCGGUGGAUGGAUCUCGGUGAAGAGCUGGGGUCUAUCGGGUUCUUUAAUGUCAUAGAAACCAUAGACAAAUUGAUGGCAUCUUUGGCGGAUGUGCUGUCAUCUGAAGGGACGAACUUCACAUUUUCAUCAAAAAAUAUAGAUGUGAAUCUGGAACAGCAGAAUCUAAGAGAGCUGAACCACAGCUGCGUGUUCAAGCCGUCCACACCAGACGGCAGGGACGAGAUCAUCAUCCCCGACACGGAAGUCCUGCGGCUGCGUUCUCUUGGUCUAGAAGAUGUAAUCUUCAUCCGCGUGUAUUAUAGGAACCUCACGGACAUCCAGUUGAAGAAGUACCAGAAUCGUUUAUCAGUGAGUGAGAAAGAAAAGAACCCUCACACAGGUAGACUUGCCACUGCCGUCAUAUCCGCCACGGUGCGAGAUUCCUCAAGGAGACAAAACAUCCCAGUUUCCGUCAAUUACACCCUGUCUACAGUCAGUCUGGUGGACGCCCCGCUGUCCAUCAAGCCUGUUUGUGUGUUUUGGAACUUCAGCCUGAUGAGCCAACAUCUGGAUGGUUGGUCAAGCGAGGGCUGCCAGGUCAUUCACACCGAAUCGGCCGCAACCUCCUGCGUCUGCCGCCACACCACCAACUUCGCCGUGCUCAUGAAUUACAUGGAGCCCAAGUGGAGCGUGGAGGUAGAUGAUAUCCUGACCAAGCUGACUUUCAUUGGGUGUGGAGCAUCUCUCUGCGCUCUGAUAGUCACCUUGAUGCUCUUUACGGUCCUCGAUAUUCCCAAAUCGGAUCGGAACACCGUCCACAGGAAUCUGUUCGUCGCUCUGGCAGCCGCUCAGAUAGUCCUGCUAUGCAGCGGGUCAGUUGCCACUAACAAGGUGGCCUGCACUCUAGUGGCAGCUCUCCUCCACCUCUUCUUCAUGGCAGCUUUCAGCUGGAUGCUGGUGGAGGGCCUGUUGCUAUGGAGCAAGGUGGUGGCAGUCAACCUGAGCGAGGCAGGACACAUGAAGUACUACUACCUUAUUGGCUGGGGGCUCCCGGUUCUGGUGGUGGCCAUCACUUUGGCCUCGGCUUCUGGGAGGUACGCAGGAGACGGCCAUUGCUGGCUGAGCGUGCAGAAUGGUGUCAUCUGGGGCUUCGUGGGGCCCGUCAUCUUCAUCAUCAUGGUGAACGUCAUGGUCCUCGCGCGGGUGGUGGCUAUUGCCAUUUCCGCGGCCAAGAGGAGGUCCAUCAUGCUAGCACUGAAAAGCAGUCCUGCAGAGCAAACGUUUGAGCAGACCCGUGCUGCGGUGAAGGCGGUGAUGGUGCUGCUCCCAAUCCUGGGUCUUACCUGGCUAUCCGGGGUCCUGGUACCGUUCUCCAUUGUGAUGGCCUUCCUCUUCGUCAUCCUCAACUCCUUGCAGGGCCUUUUCAUCUUCCUUAUCUACGGGGUCUACAACACAGAGGUUCGGAGUACCAUCAACAAAUUCAAAGAGAGACGGAGAGCUCUGAAUUUUUCGAAUUGGGGCAGCUCCAGGCCCUCCAGCUCCAUGAGCAGCUCCCGUGUGGCCAGUACUCCACUACCUGGGUUCGCCAGUCACAGCCUGGACCAUGGAGGGGUCGAUUGCCCCAACAGCACCCAGCUCAGCUUGCAGCCCACAGUCCUGGACCUCAGUGAAGACUCGUAUGAGGACUCUGUCCGUGCUGAUGGUGGGUCACAGCCUGAUUCCUGCACUGGGGAAUGUCUGAACGAGGGACCCGUCAGUCCGGCCGUAGGGUCUGUCGCACCUGCCAAGGGUCGCAGGGGGUCUGGAACACAUCUCAGAGGCUCAGGGAACAAGUCAGGAUCCUUGGUGUGUUCUUCACGUGACCAUGUAUGUCAAAUUCUCCUCCUGCUCCCGCCAGAGACCAACACCACACAGCCUGUGAUAAGCUGCAUAUGAUGGUCUGUUGGCUUGAGGUCAAAUGUGGGCUGGGAGCCCCCAGCGCGAUUUGUUUUAUUCGACCCUGACAGGAGUCCCUGAGUCUGGCCCCACACCUCCAACCCGUCCUGAAAGGUUCUGCUCGGCCAUCGCUAAUGAACCAGCUGGCACUUCUACUCUGCCACCCCCCACCCCCGAUAAAUGUGCCCCACCAAAACAAUGGCUCAGCUGGGAGGGAAAAACAGAGACACACUAGUGAUUAAUGAGGUCUGCUAAACGAAAAGUGAGGCUUCCGUGUGCGCCCCCCCCCCCCCCAGUUGAGGAGGGUGUUUUUCCUGACCCCUGGCCAAUAUUCUGAAGCAAAACCUAUCAUCUGAGAUGGGACCCUCUUACGCACUAAACAAGAUAUGAUAUUCAUACCAUAAAACCACAUUAACAGCUUAUACUGACAAAGUGACCUGCACAGUGGUUUGCACUGUUGCCUCACACACAUCAUCCUGGGACAACCAGGUAUAGAAAAUAGAUGGAUGGAUGAUAUACACUCUAAAACCUGUUUUGUGAUGUUUUGUGACAGUUUUGUAGAAACUAGAAUGUGAUAUUAAAAUUGAUUUAAAACAAUGAGCAGAGUAUCACUUACUAUAUACUGUAAGACAAAUAUUUCAAAUAUACACAAUAAAACAUUUCAACUGGAGGUGUGUAAAAGGUGUGUAAAAACUGCAAACUGGUUUUGUUUUUCGUAAUAGGAUGACUAGCUGAAUUUAUAGCUGAGUAAUGUGCAAGAAAAUUAUUUGACACAACAUCAAAUGUUGCUAUGGUUUCAUUAUAAGACUCUUUGGGGCUAUUUGGAAAAGGGGAGAAUGAAAACUACAGUGAUUUAGAAAUUAGGUCUCUCAGGCUGAUUAGAGAAAAAUAACUCAACUCAAAAAAGCCCAAUUAUAAUUGCUAAUUAUUAUGAAGUGCCUUUUUGAACAAAAACGGAAGACGAUUCAGAUGUUAAUUACAAUUUCUGCGCAUUUCACUGUGACUGAAUAUGGUAUCUACUGAUAUUUCUUUGUGGCAUGAAAAGCCAGGUUGUAAGUUUUAAUGAUUUAAAAAAAUAACUAUUAUCAACCAAUGUUUUCUAGGUGUCAAAGUGAAGCAUAAUGUGCUAAGUAUCCUUAUCUUCCAUCUCUAUGUUACCCACUGUGGGACUAAUUAUCAACUUUUCACACAAAGCAGCUUCACGGCACAUAUACAGUACACACCCCAUGCCAGCUCUCAGCACUAAGCCCUUAGGUCCUGGACAAUGUUGUUCAUUUGACUAGUUCCACCAGACGACUGCACUUACAUGGCCUGCAUAAAUAUGCAGGGAUGUAUUCUCCUUAAUUAGCCAGAAAUCUUACAGAAAACUGUGUUAGUUUUGCUGGGAAUCAUGCUUCUGUUGCACUCCAUUCUACCCCCAACCCCCACCCAGUCCCCUCCCUCCUCACACUUAUCUGAUGUUGUUCAAUGUUGAUGUUUUCAUAUCUAGUGAGGAUGAGUAAAAAUAAAUUAAUAAACAAUGCAUUCCAAAGUGCAUAAAUCCAUAAGUUUGGUAGUUUUCUUCUUUUUACCACAUUAUGAAAAUACUCAAUGCAUGACACUUAGAAAUUUGAAAGUAAAACAGAAAAA